GAUUUUUUUGUGAAAGAUAACAGAUUUCUGCUGUAUCUGGUUUCUACCCUUCCCACCUGACUCUCACCUGUCCACCUGCCGUCAGUCAGGACCCCGGCUCAGGUUUAGACUGCAGAGGAACCGGGCAAACCUAAACGAGGCGGAGUUAAAGAAAAAACAAGGAAUUUCCUGGUGAGCUACGACAGCACAGGAAGGUAAAGUUUGCUCCGGUUAAAUGUCAAUAUUUGAGUUUUUUAGGGCACAACCAGCGAGGCUAACUCAUCAAAGUUCAGCUGAAGCUCUGAACUACAUCAGGGUUAACUUUAGUCUGCGGCCGUUACAUCAGGGUUUAACUUUGGGCUAACGUUAGCAUGUUAACCUGUAGACAGUUUACUCUCGAGCUAGAGUUAAAACGUCUUCACACUGUGUUGAUGGUUACUCUCAUGUUCUUAUUGAGUAUUUCACAUAUAACCUUAUUCCAUAUAAAAGCCUGCUUUCUUCAUCACAUAGUGUCUGAAAGUUGCGGCUAGCUGUAACGUUAGCUGAGUGUUAUUAGGGAGUCCUGUGAGAGGAAGCGCGUGUUUGGUCAUUCAGAGCAGCUCAGUCGGGCGGGGUCUUUUCCCUGAUUCAGUUGUGAUGCUUUCUUUAUUCUUUCUUUAAAAGCAUAUUUAAGUUCAAACAUGUAUUUAAAAAGGCAGAUUCUAGUGUUUUACACCACUAGUAUCAAAUAAGUUUAAUUAAAGAUAUACUUUGAUUGAAAAAUCUCGAGCAAUUUCAUGUCAACAUGUUUUUGUUUUGCAAUUGUUAAAGAACAAAAUUUUAAUAUUGAUUACAAAUGCAAAACAAAGUCGCUAAAAUUAAGCAAAAAUUUCAUCCAGUAAUUAUGUUAUUAGGAUAUUUACGUUUUUUGACAGACUUAAUUGCAACCAAAUGUAAUAUCCUCCUGAGAUCCAAAGAAAAAAGUGUCUUUCAAUGUAAUUUUUUUGUGAUUUCCAGGCUCUUUAAAGCUAAAACUACAACUUACAAUUUAGAUUUUUAUAAAUAUAUUUUUAUUUAGAUUGUAGUGGACAACAGAACAAAUUUACUGCAAAACAACAGUGAUACUAUAACAUCAAAAUAGGAUCGCAUCAAAACAAGAAUAUAAGUGCAGAAACACAUCAAAAGAUAAGUUCAUUUACUUGCAUUGCACAGCACGGUUUUAUAAUCUUCAAGUGCAGCUCAAGAAGUUUGUAUGCCCCCCAAAAAAGAUCUUUUUUUUCCACUACUUACUUCAAAAAUGUAAACUACCAUAUAUUCCAGAUUAAUCACACACAAAGUGAAUGGUUCAUAAUCUAGAGAUGUUGAACCUCUGGAAAAGUUUGUUCAUUUGUGCUCCUUUUGCACAAAUUAAUGCAUUAAUGUGAUAUAGCAUUGAGGAGAUCAGUCUCUGGCUCUGCUGGGUGAUAUAGAAGCUGAGGUUGCUUUUAUAGCUCCUUCAGCUCUUCUAUUGUGGUAUCUAUUGUAUCUCAUCUUUCUCUUGAUUAGACCCCAGAGAUCCUCAACGAGGUUCAGGUGAGACCAGUUGGCUGGUCAAUCAAACACUGUAAUAUCAUGAUCAACCAACCAGUUUUCUGAUCGCUGAGGUCAGGAACAAGGCCCUGCCGGAAAAGGAGAUCUAUAUGUGUCUCUUUUUAAAUAUAAUUGUAGGAAAAAUUGAACUCCUUUAUCUUUGCAGACUGUUCAGUGUUUACUUCUUCCGCCUUUUUGCUGGUGUUACUUUUGAGAACCAGGGCAUCCAGAAACACAAAGGUUGUAAAAGCAUUUGUUUUAAACCUUAUUAAAACCUGCACUUUUCUCCCGCCUGUGUUCCAGAUGAACGUGGGCGUAGCUCACAGCGAGGUGAACCCCAACACAAGGGUGAUGAACAGCAGAGGAAUAUGGCUCACCUACCUGCUGCUGACAGUCGUGCUGCACAUCGUCCUGCUCAGCAUUCCUUUCUUCACCGUGCCGCUCGUCUGGACACUCACCAAUGUUAUCCACAACCUGGUCAGUUAGAGCUGUCCUCUCGAGUUAAAAAUCAGAAAUAUGUCAGUAUGCUUUCACAUUUGUAAUUUAAAUGUAAAACCUGUUCUUCCCUGUCAGAAUUGGGUUAAUAUUACCAUUUCUAGUCAAGGGAAGUUUUGAGUAUAUCUUUUUCAUAGUCAGAUUAGUAACAGGAAAGAAAUCUAUCUUUCUGUUGCUAAUCAUAACUCUGUGUUUAUCAUGGUCUUGUGCAGGUGAUGUACCUGUUUCUACACACCGUGAAGGGCACUCCCUUUGAGACACCAGACCAAGGCAAAGCUCGUCUGCUCACACACUGGGAACAGAUGGACUACGGUGUCCAGUUCACAUCUUCACGCAAGUUCCUCACCAUCUCACCAAUUGUUCUGUAAGUAUGUGGCUGCUUGUUUGGACAAGUUUCUGCCUCACCUGUCCAAGUGCAGGCCUACAAAAGCAAAGACCAUCAGGAAUAAGACUUAUUAUUUCGAUACUGUAGUUUUUCUUGGUUAGGUAGCAGCAGCUUCAGAACAAAACUGAUUCAUCUGCGUUGAUGCUACAUUUACACUUUUCUCAACUUCUCUGCAGGUAUAUUCUUGCCAGUUUCUACACAAAAUAUGAUCCAACACAUUUUCUAAUCAACACAAGCUCCCUCCUCAGUGUCCUCCUCCCAAAGUUACCUCAAUUCCACGGAGUACGGAUAUUUGGGAUCAACAAAUACUGAGAACUUUCUAUCACUGGAUUUUAACCACCGACACUGGACUUUUAUUUUCUGUUUCCGAUGAACUUAUUAUGUUUAGAGGUUUGGAAGAAGAGGACCUGUGGAGCCAUAUAGGGAAGGCUGCAGUUUGUGCUGCUUGUUGCAGCCUGAAAAAAAGUGAAUGCACUGCCGCUGUUUCAUAACAGUUCUUUUUUGCUUUACUGACAUUCCUGAUGCAUAUUUGUCACAGCUUCAAAAUGCAGUGUUUUUCAUUAUUUUCUGCAUCUUUUGUCUCUUAUUCCUGUUACAAACUGCACUGGCUGCAGGUCUGUGAAACUGUCUGUUUGUUGCCAUAAAUGUGAAUGAAUUCAUUUGGAAUCAAUUGUGGCAGCUUGUUUUCUAUUCCUGUACGAGCUCUUCUCUUCUCUUUCGGUUUACUACAACAGCUUUGCAUGCAGUGUGCAUUUACACACCUACACGGAUCAAUGCAGUCUUUGUUUUGCUAUGAUACACAUUAUUUCAUGUUAUUCACUGUUUGCUGUAAAAGCUGGAUUUCUCUCCAUGCUUAUAAAAUGAGCUUUUAGGAGCAACAUGCAAAUAAGUGGUUUUCUGAUCUUUAUUGUACAAACUACUAAAUCCCUUUAGUGCUCAGGUUUAUGAGAUUUGUUUGAUCAAAUGUGGGCCAGGUUGUAAGCUGUGGGGAACUCCAGACUUUACAUGAAGCUUGUUUGGGGUGGGGUAUCACUGUUUGUAGUAUGGUCAGAUAUCAAAGGGAAUCCCCCCUCUCUAUGAGGGCUAUGAUCCGGUUUGCAUGGCAGAGAGGUUUCCCUGUUAGUAUAGCCUGUUUGAGGGAAAUGCAGCCGCAGGUUAUGUGAGCCUGGGAAACAUGCAAAUACUGUUUCGUUUUACUGACGUUUGAUGCAUACAGUACAGUCAUUUGUUUGGGGUGUUCCCUGGUUCAAAGCCUGUUCAUGAAGUCACAUUAAUGUAAAGAAGUUUGCAGGGUAGCUGAGCUAAAUGUCAUCAGAUACGGCUUUUUAAAAGUAGAGAGUGGGAGGGAACCCAUGAGUAAAGGACUCUUUCUCUGUGUGAUAUCCUGAAAAGCACCUGAUGUAAGAUAACACUCUCUCACCUUAACAGCAAAUUUGGUCAGAAGCUGCAGUUUUUUCCCAGUUCUGCUUUUGAUAUGUGACCUCAGUAAAAUUCAAAGAAAGCAGGGGAUGGUCAUGAUUUAUGAAUAUUGUACUUUGUAUUACACAAGAUGCAAAAAUUUAACUUCAUUUUAAUUUAUACCUAAUGAAAAUCAGAAAUCCAGUAUUUCAAAUUAUGAUAUCUACUAGGACCAUAUCUACAUAUCUAACUACUCCUUACUAUUUCAAUUUAAUACUCUCUUAAAGGGAUAUGUCAGCGUAAAAUUAAUUUAGGGUCAAACACACCGUAACACCGAGUUAGACACCCCCCCCAAGAGAUGAAUGUUGCCAACCACUUGGUUCUCUAGUUAUACCAACUUUAGUAACGACCGCAUGAUAGCAAUACACAGCAGUCUGAGGAGCCAUAAACAAACGUCAACUAAAAUGCCACUCUAUAGCCACAAAUAAUGCUCAGAACAGCACCUAACUUCAUCAACAGUAAUGAGACUAAACACUUGCCACUUGUUUGUAGCGAGAACUCGGGCCAGUCCAUAACGGACGACAGCGAGGUGACGCAGCCAAAGGAAGAACAUUUAUGAUCAUUUCUUCAUGGGGACUGCAAUCAGACCAAGCUGCUAAGGCAGAAGAACUACCACAUCUGCAGUGCAAAAUGAUUAAUAUGGUGAUUAUUACUUCAAGGAAAUGAUAAAGAAAUGAUCAUAAAUGUUCUUCCUUGAGCUGCGUGACCCGGCUGUAGCCCGUUAUAGAUUUGGCCCGAAGUCUCGCUACAAACAAGCGACUGCUGGAAGAGAGUAGGUGAGUUGUGUUUAGUCUCUUUGCUUAAGAAAUUAGGCAAAGUUAAGAGGAUGUUUGGUGGCUGGGACCCUAUAUGUACAUGUACCUAUAUGUAGGUUUGUUUAUGGCUCCUCAGACCGCUGUGUAUUGCCAUUGUGCGGUCAUUACUGUAGUUGGUAUAACUAGAGAAACAAGUGGUCAGCAACAUUCAUCUCUCGAGGGGGUGUUUUGACUCCAAAUUAAUUUUACGCCGGAAUAUCCCUUUAGGGCUCCUUUACAACAGCUCACUGCAGUAAAGCAGCCAGGCUUAGAGACAGUCAGCCCAUGGUACUGCUGAUGUGUUACUGAAGCCCAGUUUGCGCUGAUCUUGGCCUUCAGUUUGUCUCAUUUCAGGUUUGAUGUUUUCAUCUUCCCUUUGACAAUACAUCAUCAGUUCAUCAUGGAGUGAAGGUCGGACAAGUUGGCUGGCCAUUCCAGCACAGUAAUUCUAAUUUGGCAGUUGUCUUGACGCUGUGGUCAGGUGCUAAGUUCUGCAGGAAGGAACCAGCGUCUCCAGCCAUAACACACCAUCCAUUUGAUUUAAAGUGACGGAAGGACUCAGAGUGAAGCGUUCGUAAAACCAGUCAUCCAUACAACAUGACAGCUCGUGCACCAGAAACCAAAACCACAGAUUAACAUGAUUAAUCAUUUGAGUUUCAACAUCAAAACAAAAAACAAAAGAUGGUACUGAUAAAGCCCACUAUGAAUGACUCACUCCCUAGUAUGCAAAUUUAGCAUUGUGCUGUGGCAGUUACAGUGAAAUGCAGCCCCCUGACAAUUGCGGGACAAAUUUUAUUAGCUGUUCCUUAAGUGGAAACUCCGCAUAUUCAUGUCCAUCUUUUCAGCAUUGUAGUGGUCUGUAACACGACCACUCUUUUCAUCAUAUCUCAUGUUGUUUUCUCAUGACUUUUAGGACAAGCCUUUCAGAUCACCCUGUAGUCCCACCUGGGUGUUAUUUCAACACACAUUGACCUUGAAUCUUUGAUCAUGUUAAGAGCCGACAUCCAACAUUUGUGUUAAAAGCAUAAACCACCUCUUUAAUGAAACAACUGUGAAACGAUAAUUCAAAAAUUUUUUAUUCAAAAUACUUUAGGACACUUUCUCUUUGUCAAGUGAAAUAAAAACAGUGAAAAAACAAA